GUAGAGCUUACAGGUGAAAAUACAAACACAAUAGCUGUAUCUUCAUCUUUUUACAUUAACAGGUUGUUAUUUGAUAGAAAGUCAGUAACUCCUGCAAAAUGACAGAAGAAAAGAAGUCGGGCCUAGGCUUCUUUUCGAGCUACGACGAUUUGAGCGACAGCAGCGGUGGCAGCGACUCCGACCAGGAGGAAGAUAGUCGAAAGAAGAAGCAGGGGACAGACGGUCCGGGAAACGGGGCUCAGUCCUCCAAACAAGGGACCAAACGGGCCGCCGGUGGAGCACCGUUACCCAAACCUCACGAGCUCUUCGGCUCCGUGUCCAAGCCUGCGUUUCUCUACAACCCGCUGAACAAGCAGAUAGACUGGGAGAGUCUCACGGUCAAAGCUCCAGAAGAGCCUGCCAGAGAGUUUAAGCCAUGGAAGACGAAUGCCGUACCUCCUCCUGAGAGCUACGCCACGGAGCCAGAGAAGAAGAAGGGGGCUCCCCCAGGCAUGGACAUGGCAAUAAAGUGGUCCAAUGUGUAUGAGGACAAUGGGGAGGAUGCACCACAGCCUUUCUCUGGCAACGCUCGGUUCUUACCCGAGGAGGAACUCUCUGAAUCAGAUGAGGAAUCUGAUAAGCUAGACCUGUCUGGCAAGAAACGUCGAGUGGAGACCUUCCAGCAGAAGGAGAAGAGGAAGAGGGACAUGGGACAAGCGACUUCUGACAAGAAUUUUGUAGAGGAGGAGAAAAGGAUCCUCAGGCAAAAUAUUGAUUGAGGCCGAAACUCUCCUGCAACAACGAGUCUGUUUCUAAUUUAAAUAUUUUUUAUCCGCUCAUAGACUUUGGUCAAGUAGGUGGGAUAGUGCAAACAUCAUUUGACUGAUAUGUUGACAUCAUUUGUAUUACAGUAUUUGUUGGGAUUUCAUACGACUAUCAGCACACUUUAAAAAGAAGUAUAGUAUAUGACAGUCCCACUGUAAAAAAAAAUUACUUCAGCUUAAGAAUUUAGAUUCUGGUAAAUCUCUGCAGACUAUUUUCCCAAAGAAAAAUUCAGGUGUUUUACAGUCUGGAUCGUGUUUUUGUAGUUUUGUUCAUCAUCCUUCGUUGUUUUAUACCCACCAACUCUUUUCCAACCACACAGGGAUCAGGGAUAUCACAAAACACAGCUUUACAACGUGCAGGGGCAUUACCAAACUAGUGAUUAGACAGGUUUGGUCCUAGUUUGGCAUCAACUUUGCUGUACUUCCAACAUUCAGUCUAGACAGCAAGGUGAAAUAAGACUUGCCUAAACUUGCCUAAUUGCUCCUGUUUGAGUUCCUUUGUCCCAGGGCCUUUGCAAAGGAGUUGGUGAAUACAAUGUUAUCAUAACCAAUCAGCAUAAAGGCCAAAAUAUUUGUAUGGCUGUGACAUUUUGAAUAUACAUGGACAUUAAUGUGGUUAGUUGGCUUGCCUCCUAUUUGCUUUAAUUAAAAAGCUAAACUAACAGUGACGUCUGGCUGUGGUGGUUUACUUGGUCUGUAUUUGUCUUGUAUUAUUCAAAAUCUAAUCACCGCUGACUUGUGGUGUAUGUGUUGUGUGAAUACAGUGACUUCCUUUAAAAAAUGGCUGUAAAUCUCUUAAAAUUGCAUUUAA